CAUAAAUUUCAACCCUAAUCCUCUACCUCAUUCUCUUCUCACUCUCUCGAUUUUGCAAGGAUCUGUUUUCCAGCUCCGGGUUCAGUUUCGCGAAGGCUCGAUUGGGUACUCAAGCUAUCAACUUUCUGAUGACAAGCGCAGCUUGGACAAAAAUGAGCUUUGCAAUCAAACAUAGAAAUAUAGAGUUGGGAGUGGGAGAAUCGGGGUGGAGUUGUGGUUAUUUUUUUAAAUAAUUGGAGAUUCUUCCUCACUCUCAGAAGGUGUUGUAUGCCUGCUAGUGUUCUGGAAAGGAUGAGGAGAUCAAAUUUAUUUUCAAUAUUGUUAUUGCUUUGGAGCUUCUUGGAGCAAAUGAGCAAUGGAGCUUGUGGAGCAUGGCUCACCUCAAGGAUUGCUCUAUUGACGAAUUGUAUAAUUUCUCCAAUCAGAUAUGAGUAGUCGCUUUUCUCGCACAAUCUAUGUUGGCAACCUGCCCUCUGAUGUAAGGGAAUCAGAAAUUGAUGAUCUGUUCUACAAGUAUGGCCGCAUAAUGGAAAUUGAAUUGAAAGUUCCUCCUCGCCCUCCGUGUUAUUGUUUUGUUGAGUUUGACAAUGCUCGAGAUGCAGAAGAUGCUAUUCGGGGUAGGGAUGGUUACAACUUUGAUGGCUGUCGAUUAAGGGUGGAGCUUGCCCAUGGAGGUAGGGGGCCAUCAUCAAGUGAUCGACGGGGGUAUGGUGGCAGUGGUGGCGGCGGUGGCGGGGGUGGCGGAGGAGGUGGUGGCGGUGGUGCUGGUGGGGGAAGAUUUGGUGUCUCUCGCCAUUCUGAGUUUCGAGUUAUUGUUCGUGGACUCCCAUCUUCUGCAUCCUGGCAAGAUUUGAAGGAUCAUAUGCGAAAAGCUGGUGAUGUUUGUUUUGCUGAAGUUUCCCGUGAUAGUGAAGGGACUUUUGGCCUUGUUGAUUACACUAAUUAUGAUGACAUGAAAUAUGCUAUUCGAAAACUGGAUGACACUGAGUUCAAAAAUCCUUGGGCAAGAUCAUAUAUUCGGGUGAAGAAGUAUGAGAGCAGUCGUUCAAGGAGCCGCAGCAGAAGCCCCAGCCGGAGCAGAAGUCCAAAAAGGGCUAGAAGUAGAUCUUUGGGGCGAUCUGUGUCCAGGUCACGAUCUAUUUCUAGAUCCAGAUCAGCAUCACCAAUCAAGGCUUCAAGGCCAAAAUCACGAUCACGCUCACCCUCACGUUCAGCAUCUCCACGAUCACCACGCCAGGUUCUGUCAGGGAGUGGUUGAUUUUUGAUGAAUGGUGGUGAUCUCGGAAGCCCCAGCACUGUUCUGAGAAACAUUGGUGUAAUGUUUGAGAUGAUUUGAAUUGUUUAAUGGAUGAUUAUUAUACCAGUUAUUUUCAUGGUUAUCAGUUUAGUUAUUCUCUAGGGUUUAAACUAGACUUGACUUGCUACUACUAUUUAGUCUUGUUUCUAUUGAACAUGAAUGUUGGAUAUUAGACUCCUUAGUAUAAGGAUCCGUUAAAAUCAAA